AUGGCUACUUUAAAACGAAAGGCCCCUGAAUUUGCUGAUGCGCUGGAUGCUACGCCUACGGGCAGACCGGCUAAGAAGCUGCGUCUGACUCAGGGCCAAAAGCAGGCGCUGAUUGACAACCUCCAGCUCGAAAUCACCGAGCGCGCUCGCAAGCUUCGCGCCCAGUAUGCACUUCAAGCAAAUGACCUUCGUGCCCGCAUCGAACGACGCGUCAACCGUAUCCCCAUCUCUCUUCGCAAGGUCAACAUGGGCGAGCUCUUCGAGAAGCACUCGGCUCCGACCCAAGCGACGUCACCCAUACGCAGAAUAUCUCCAGCAAAGGUCUCGCGCGCACCCAUCUCCAUUGACCAAGCCCUUUCACCAUCCGGCACACGCGACGGCCGGAACCGACGUACCAGCAACGAUGGCCACUACUCGGACAAGGAGAACGCACCGGCUGCUGGCACUCCCGAAGGGCUCAAGAACCCUAAGCGCCGGGGCAAAGCACCUGCUGCGGGUGGCGCAUCACGCGUCGUUUCCCAGGAAGUGCGUGGCCACGACCACCGGAUUCUCUCCCCCAAGUCCCUGAACUCCCGAACUUACCCGCAAUCGCCCUUCCGUACUUCCCCUGAGAAAGGGCAGCCGUCUUACCUGUCCCGACCGACCUCUCCACUAAAGCCCUCUAGCCCUUUGCGCGCCGCUGGCCCUGGCUCUCGACCGCGCGGUGCUACGGUGUCUACCGUCAGAGACAACCAGCCGACUACGCACGCCAAGAAGACUACAGCUCGCUCCGCGACCGGCCCCAGGGCUGUCAGGUCCCCUCUUCCGCGCCCGGCCACUCGUCAGGGCGAACGCAAAAACAGCUUCUCAUCUACCGCGUCUUCAGGCACUACUACCGUGACGAAGCCCACUCGCACUGGUACCGGUGCCCGGAAGGCCACAGCUGGAACCACCGCGGCCACAAAGAAACCCACUGUUCCUCGGGCGCAGGCCGCUUCGCUUGCUGUGAAGAAGACUGCUACUGCUGCUACUGCGUCCACUGUGAGGAAGACCACCGCCCCGGCAUCCACGGCCGAGGCCUCUACUCGCGGGACGAGGGCACUGCGGAAGCGUGUAUAG